GCGAAGGGGGAGGGGAGACCGGGAGCCCCGUUGCCAGAGAUGGCUGCGCGCUUUAAAAGGAGGAGGAGGAGGAGGAGGAGGAAGAAGAAGAGGAGCGAGAGGCAGAGCCGGGCUCCGUGAGGAGAAGAGGUGCAGCACUGACAAUGUGAAUGUGCGAUGAUGAAAACAUUUGUGGUUUGAAACUGUUUUCAGAAGGGAAAGUUGUGCAUGAUGAGGUACGGAACGAACAUGGAUAUUUUUAGCCCGUAUAGGAAGAUAGUGGAGAUGACCCCCUGAAAAAGCAUCACCAUCCUCACACAGCAAGCAUGGCUUUUGCCCAGUCGCACAUUAUGACAGCUAGAAGGCAUCAGCACAGUAGACUAAUAAUUGAAGUUGAUGAGUACAGCUCAAACCCGACACAGGCAUUCACGUUCUACAACAUUAACCAGGGACGUUUCCAGCCCCCACAUGUGCAAAUGGUGGAUCCUGUUCCACAUGAUGCUCCUAAGCCUCCAGGAUACACACGUUUUGUCUGUGUAUCUGAUACUCACUCCAGAACAGAUCCUAUCCAAAUGCCAUAUGGUGAUGUUUUAAUACAUGCUGGUGAUUUUACUGAACUGGGACUGCCUAGUGAAGUUAAAAAAUUCAAUGAGUGGUUAGGCAGCCUACCAUAUGAGUACAAGAUUGUGAUAGCAGGCAAUCAUGAACUGACGUUUGACCAAGAGUUCAUGGCGGACUUAAUCAAGCAGGACUUUUACUACUUUCCCUCUGUAUCCAAGCUGAAGCCAGAAAGCUAUGAGAAUGUGCAGUCUCUCUUAACAAAUUGCAUAUACCUUCAAGAUUCAGAAGUGACAGUCAGGGGCUUCAGGAUAUAUGGCUCCCCUUGGCAACCUUGGUUUUAUGGCUGGGGCUUUAAUCUUCCGCGAGGCCAAGCACUUUUAGAGAAAUGGAACCUAAUUCCAGAUGGAAUAGAUAUUCUUAUAACACAUGGACCACCUCUUGGUUUCUUAGAUUGGGUUCCUAAGAAAAUGCAAAGAGUGGGAUGUGUUGAGCUGCUGAAUACAGUCCAGAGACGAAUACAACCACGUCUUCAUGUUUUUGGACACAUCCAUGAAGAUGACAGGAACUUAAAGAAAACAAGUAGGAAACGGCAAGCUAGAUGUUAUCCUGGGACGUUCAGAUUCCUCAGGGAAGAACUCCCAAGUUACGGAGUUAUGGCUGAUGGAACUACCACCUACGUGAAUGCUUCUGCAUGUACAGUGAAUUACCAGCCACUCAAUCCACCUAUAGUUAUUGAUUUGCCUACUCCAAGGAACACAUGAUUAUCACAUGCAGAAGUAUGAAGCCUGCAACCUGCCUAAAACAUUGGCUAGCAGCACAGAGCUGCUGGUGUAAAAACUAAGCAUACGCUAAAUUAUGAACGUGCUUUUCUUUUCUCUUUAUGAAAUAACUGGAGAGGCGAGAAUGGACAGACAUCGGGGGUAUCUGGUAUCACAGCCUUCUAGAAAUACUUCAACAGAUCUAACAUUUCAUCAUUUUAAAAAGACUUUUUAAUACAGAAAAGGGGUGUUCAUUCCAUGUUAUAUCAAGAGAAAUCAAUGCAUUAUGUAUAUUCCAUGUGCUAUAUUGAACUUACUAAAAUGACUCUUCAGCCAAGUGGUUCUUUAUGAAGGUUUACAGUUUUCAUGUGUGUUAAAUGCUGGCAUUUGCUCAUUUAAACCUGGUUUCACAGGAUAAUCACAGUGAGGGGAAAAUAUAAUUGUGCUAGAUUCUUGGGACUAUUAUUACAGAUAUAAAAUGACUCCCCAUGUAUUUAAGAGGUCAAAAGAAGCACAUUAUUAUGGCACAUACUUUUCAAAGCUAUAAUCUACCAGUCUUGUAAAACCGAGUAUAGGAGAAUUUUAAAAAUCUUCUUCCAUCUGAUAUUAAAUAUGGAAAGUGAUAUUAUGGUGGAGAUUACCGAAAUGCAGUAUACAGCACAAAAAAAUUGAAAGAGAAGUAGUUUAAAUUAAAUGUAAACUCAGGAAUUAAAAAGCCCCCUCCCCAAAAAACACCUAAUGAAUUCUGCAGCUGUUAAAUCUCAUACAGGGCAAACCUAAUUAUAUUUCCUUAGAAGUAAGUUCUACUGUCUGCAACUGUCUGUACAACGAUGUGCAAAUGCGACCUGAAAUACUUGCUGCAUUUUCAGCCGCUACUGUGUCCAUAGCCAUAGCUUUUGCCCUUGCAGCCCAGUUCUCAAAGGUCAAUUCCACACUCACCCAAGCUGGCAAAUGUGUGUGCAUGCAGCUGAUCCAAACAUGUUUAAGAACUGCGGAACAAUCCACAUGAGCACAUCACAGGGAACAUAAAUGUGGAUUUUAACUACUAUAUAUAUAUAGCCACAUAACUUCAGGAAUGUGGAGUUCAGGGUCAAAUCUGAGAGAGGUACAGAAUGAUAACUAGACUUGUUGCCUGUUCAGUGCUCAAUUUGAUGAUUGGUUGGAAUCCAUGGAACAUGGAGCUCAAAAAGAAGACUUCACAUUUUAUGGCAACCUUAUGUGUUCUGAAAAUAUAUAUUACUGUGGAUCAAAUUUACUCCCAAGAUCGGAUGUGCAGAUAUAACUUUGCACAGAAAGGCUACUGCAAACCAGGCUACAUGGCAGGUAGAUG